AUGUUUAAACUCUUCGUAAUUUUGACUGUAACUGUUGUGGCGAUAUAUAGUGGACCUGUUCCUAUAGUUUCUGAAGAAAAUGAAAUUAAUCCUGAUGGUUCUUAUCGAUGGAGCUACCAAAGUGGUGAUGGUAGUGCCCAACAGCAAACCGCCAAAGUUAACCAAGUUCCUGGAGGUGAACCAACGUUGGGAGUGGAUGGUUCUGCUUCUUGGUAUGACCCACAAGGUAACUUGCACCAGAUAGCUUAUACAGCUAACGAGGAUGGAUACUAUCCUUAUAGUGCUGACAUUCCACAAAUUCCAGCUGCGAUUCUCAAGGCUUUGGAAUGGAACGCUGCUCAUCCAGAAGAAGAAUCUAGUUAG